AUGUCCCAGCAAGCAGAUACCUCCCAGUGUGGUGGGGUUAUGGUUGAGCUGGACUCAGAAGACAUUAGGGAUGAACAGGCCAAAAAAACAAGGAGCAUACCAGGUUCAGCUCUUACCUACCUCAAGGGGCCCAAGUUUCUCAUCUAUGUCACUGAAGCAUUGUCAAUGUGGGGUGACCGCAUGUGGCAUUUUGCAAUCUCUGUGUUCUUGAUUGAGCUGUAUGGACGUAACCUGCUGCUGACUGCCGUGUUUGGACUAGUCGUGGCCGGAUCGGUGCUCCUACUGGGACCUUUGAUUGGAGACUGGGUUGAUCGCAAUCCGAGGAAUAAAGCUGCACAUGCGUCUCUUUUUCUUCAGAACAUUUCAGUGACCGCGUGUAGCAUUGUGCUCAUGUUGGUGUUCUCAUAUAAGCAGAUGAUUGAAGAGAUGUGGGACGGAUGGCUUACUGUGGUUUGUUAUACGGUGGUGAUCAUCCUGGCAGAUGUGGCAAACCUCGCAAGCACAGCACUUACCAUCACGAUCCAGAGUGACUGGAUUGUAGUUAUCACAGGCUACAACAGAGGUCACCUGGCUGGGAUGAAUGCAACCAUGAGGCGGAUAGAUCAGGUGACAAACAUCCUGGCCCCACUAGCAGUCGGGCAGGUCAUGACCCUGGCCUCCAACGUAGUUGGCUGUGGCUUCAUCCUGGGGUGGAACCUUGUGUCUCUCACAGUGGAAUUCAUCUUCUUGUCCCGGGUGUACCGUAUCGUCCCUGCUCUUUCAGUCAAACCACCAGGGAUAGAGCUGGCUGACAUGUACCUGCAGAGGAUGGAGAGGAGAAGGCCAGUAGGGAAAGAUAAGGCUGGAAAACUUCAGCCAGUGCCAGAAGUAGUUUCCCAGCUUCCUCUGUGUUCCCGGAGGUUGUGCCGGGUGGUGAGCACCUGUAAGGAAGGCUGGAGAGCGUACUAUCACCAGUCCAUCUUUCUGGCAGGCAUGGGUCUGGCUUUCCUCUACACCACUGUCCUGGGGUUUGACUGCAUCACCGCUGGCUAUGCCUAUACGCAGGGUAUCAGCGGCUCACUCCUUAGUCUGCUGACGGGCAUGUCAGCUAUCACAGGGCUGAUGGGCACCGUGAUGUUCACCAGACUGAGGAAGACAUAUGGUCUGGUUAACACUGGCAUCAUCUCCAGCUGCCUCCACCUGAGCUGUUUAAUGCUGUGUGUUUGUUCUGUAUUUGCCCCGGGCAGCCCUGUGGAUCUGAGUCUGUUGAUGCCUUAUAUUACUACCAACUCUACUGAGCUCAGAGGGAUUGGUCAAAGGCAAAAAGGUACUUUUUCUCUGAGGGGAGGCAUCAAUCAGCCACUGCUUCCUGACCGCUCUUCGAUCCACUGGACCAACAACACUGUGCUUUUUGACAAUGUAUCAUCUGAUGCAGAGCCAGAAUCCUACAUCUCCAUUAUCUUACUGUUCAUGGGUGUUAUCACAGCACGCAUUGGUCUGUGGUCCUUUGACCUGACAGUGACCCAGCUACUGCAGGAGAACAUCUGUGAGUCAGAGAGGGGUGUAGUAAAUGGCGUGCAGAGCUCCAUGAAUUACCUGAUGGACCUGCUCCACUUCAUCAUGGUCAUCUCAGCACCUCAGCCUCAGCACUUUGGCAUUCUAGUUAUCAUUUCUGUCUUGUUCAUCACCACCGGCCACACCAUGUACUUCUUCUAUGCACACAAAACCAAGAGAAAACACAGCCUAGAUACAUAA